UUGGCUGCAAACUGUUUAAAAGUGCAACUCAAGAGCUCGGCAUCCUUCCGCUUCCUGCUAACCCAGAGGCACGCUGUGCAGGCCAAGGAAGAAGCUUUAGAUUGGCUCUGACCAUUUUCUGAAUGAAUCACAGAAGGGAGUCAAGCAGAAUGCCUUUUCUUCACGGCUUCCGACGCAUCAUCUUUGAGUACCAGCCAUUAGUUGACGAAAUCCUGGAAUGUAUGGAUCCUCUGGUGCAGGAAAUGAUGGGCAGCGCCAGCGCUGUGGUAGAAGAUGACAGGCGGAUUGCGGCCCUUAAAGAUCUGCUGGAGAGGAACGCCAACUCCGUGUACUACCAAGAGGGCGUGAGCUAUUCAUUGCUGAAGAUGGCGGAGUAUGGGGUGGUCCAAGCCGCAGAAGUCCUCCUGCGUGGUGGGGCGGACGUCACCUUUGAAGAUCCAAUCACUUAUUACACAUCUUUGCACAUCGCCGUGAUGCGGAACAAGCCGGACAUGGUGGAGCUGUUGGUGCAACAAGGUGCAGACAUUAACCGGAGAGACAGGGUUCAUGAAAGCAGCCCCCUAGAUCUGGCUAGCGAAGAGCCAGAACGCCUCCCUUGCCUAAAGCGACUUUUGCAACUUGGAGCCGAUGUCAAUGCAGCUGAUAAACAUGGAAAGACCGCUCUACUGCAUGCUCUUGCCAGCAGUGAUGGGGUUCAAAUCUGCAAUACGGAAAGCAUUCGCCUUUUGUUGGAAGGAGGAGCCAAUGUGAAGGCCACAACAAAAGAUGGUGACACCGUCUUCUCCUACAUCAUCUUCCUCCUUGGGGAGACAGUGGGAGGUGAAGAGGAGGAGGUCCGGACCAUCAACCACUUCUGCUUCCAGGUCACUCAGCUGCUGAUGGCCCACGGGGCCAAUCCUAGUGAGUGCCCAACCUAUGAGUCCCUCACCCACCUGUGCCUGAAGAGCUUCCGGCUCCACUUUCCCCUCCUGCGCUUCCUCCUGGAGUUUGGGGCAUCAUACAACUGCACCCUCCAUGGGCCCGCCUGCUGGUCGGGGUUCAGCAUUAUCUUUGAGCGGCUGUGCUCCCACUUGAGCGGGUCAGAGGACGACACCUUCUCUGUCGACCUCUUCGAGAAGGCCGAAACAGUGCUGGAGCUCAUGGCCUCGAGCUCCCAAAUAAUCAAGCUCCCCAGCAACUUCGGCAUAAACCUCGGCAAGCUCAGCAGGUUCCAUGGGAAGAGGAUCUCGGACCUCUUCAGCAGCAUGAAGCAGCUGGAACACUCCCCUCCUACCUUAAAGCAGAUGUGCCGGGUUUUCCUGCGGCAGUACCUCAGACCCUGGCCAAUUGAUGAAAGAAUCAAGGCCCUCCCGCUUCCUAACUUGUUAAAAAAAUAUCUUCUUAUAGACCUGAGCAGCUCUGCAGAGGCGGCCGUCUGACCAAGGGUGGACCAAGGAGAUUGAUCUACUGAUCUGAUUUCCAGUCACUGAGGCCUUUGCGCCACACAACACGGGUGUUGGUCACGCACAUUCGCGGGAUUGUCACACAGGGUGUUACUGCACCAUAUUCAUACACAUGGAUUGGCCUUAUGCAUUCAUCCAUUGCAGGGCAAAACACUUGGAUGUUUCCAAAUCUGCAGCUCAACUGCUGAUUGUUUUGAAGUUGAAUCAGUAAGGAGGGACAAGUCCAUUUUCUGGACCCGGGUCAUGACUAAACUGAAUUCUGCUCAGUGUCUGCGGAAGGUUGGAGGCCUCCAUUUAUCUGGAACGAUAUACCUCGUGACUUUUCUAAACUGUUCCGAGCAACCUGGCUUCUAAUGGGGCGAAGGGUCCAUUCUUCUAGGUCAUUAAACAUGUGUUCUGCACCAGCAAAAUGUUGUGCUCUAGUGUCUUGCUUGGUUGUUUUCAAGUUGCUUUGGGUUGCCCUGGAUAACAGUGACUUGACAAAUUUAAAAUAAAAGCAACAAUAGGCCAAGUAGCAGGGAAAAGGGCUGGCAAUAACGUAUUAAUGACACCCUAUGCUAUGUUGGGUGCUGCUUUUGCAAAUGGGAAGUAGCCGUUUUCCUACUUGUUGCCUUACUAUUUAGCAUGUAUACUGCUCUUCAUCCAUAGGUCUAAGGGAAGUUCACAACGUAUUGCAGGUUCUGUUUCUGCCCUUCAAAAUAGAAGGUAUCAUUUCUCAUGAGGCUUUCCUAUGCUAGGCCAUGAGCCAAGGGCAGCCUUAACUGAAGUCUUGUCUAGUCCACACAGUGACUCAACCAUUUUUGUGUGUUUUUAAAGGCAGUACUGUGGUACCUCGGGUUACAGACACUUCAGGUUACAGACUCCGCUAACCCAGAAAUAGUACCUCUGGUUAAGAACUUUGCUUCAGGAUGAGAACAGAAAUUGUGCGGCGGCAGCGGGAUGCCCCAUUAGCUAAAGUGGUACCUCAGGUUAAGAAGAGUUUCAGGUUCAGAACGGACCUCUGGAACGAAUUCAAGUUCUUAACCUGAGGUACCACUGUAUGAUGAUGGUGGUGAUGGUGGUUGUAAGCUGAUACACAGCUAUGUUAAGUGUGAAGAACUUUUUUGACCCAUUGGGCCAGGUCCUUAUCACCACCACCACCCUACCUGGCAAGUCACCUUUGAUAAGUGGGAAGGCCACUCACCUGUCAUUCAUCUGACAGGGCACAAAUGAAGCAAGGUGACUGAUAGGCGAGGGGUCCACUUUACUAGUGUUUCCAGAUGGGAACAAACUAGCAACGCAGCACCCACCCCAUGCUUUCCUGAUGUCACCCAGCACUGUCAACUGGCCGGCGGGUGGUCCUGGUUUGGAAAAAGCAGCCUUGUUCCUCAGAAAUGGUGAUGACCAUGUGCUCACAGGGAGCCAGUGUGGUGUAGUGAUUAAGAGUGGUAGACUCGUAAUCUGGGGAACUGGGUUCACGUCUCCGCUCCUCCACACGCAGCUGCUGGGUGACCUUGGGCUAGUCACACUUCUUUGAAGUCUCUCAGCCCCACUCGCCUCACAGAAUGUUUGUUGUGGGGGAGGAAGGGAAAAGGAGAUUGUUAGCCGCUUUGAGACUCCUUCAGGUAGUGAUAAGCGGGAUAUCAAAUCCAAACUCCUCCUCUUCUUCUCACAACCAAUUGGGGAAAAAUAUCCAUUGUUUACACUUUACAAGUACAAGAUAGACAUCAUUUCAGGGUGGCCCCUUAGUUCAGUUGUAUUUUUUCCCCACCCCCCCUGAAAGCAUUUAACCAAACGCACAGGCUACAUUCACACCAUACAUUUAAAAAUGAAACAGAUUACACUUUAAACCAGGCACCCCCAAACUUCGGCACUCCAGAUGUUUUGGACUACAAUUCCCAUCUUCCCCGACCACUGGUCCUGUUAGCUAGGGAUCAUGGGAGU